AUGAGAACAAUAUCUAUUGUGAUCGGAUUUGUUCGUACACAGGUCUACUAUCUCAAUGAGACAGAAGUCAAACCACAGUUACUCUACGUAUUUCCAAAUAAUCAACAACAAUUGAAGCCAAUGAAUUUGCAGCAACUGCCUCACCGUAUCGUUAAUCUAGUGGUAUGGAAUUCUCAAAUUGUUGGUCUUGUUCUUGAUGCUCCCAGUGUUCUUCUUAUUCCUUCAAGUCCUCCAGGUCACUGUAGUGCAUUAAUAGAGGAAUAUGAUGAUAUAGCAGUAUACAAACCGAAACCCUGUAUACCAGGUACUCAUCAAGUCAAUAGAAGUUUUGGACCUUGUGUGAUAUGUCCGCCUGGUUGGAAAAAUGAUGGUAGUGCUGGAGAGAUAUGCGUCAGAUGUGCGACAAAUCAUACAUCAUGGUGUUUUGGUGCUGCUAUUCAUGAAAUUGAUGUGACGAACAUCACCAGUUACGAUCAGGCGAAUCCUUAUCCAGAGUCACCUUAUGCGACAGAAUUUGAUGAUAUACUUCUUCAGAAUAUUUUUCAAUUGUCCAUCAUAACAGUACAUUGUCUUUUGCUUUCACCCAUAUUCUGGACAUGUGUUGCGAUCGGUGGUUCUCUUAUCAUUUUUAUUAUUAUCAAAAUUCUUUCAUGCCGUUCGAAAUCUAAAAAAACACAACGAUUUCUUGAAAAAAUCUUGUCUCAUUGUGAUGUGAUCGGCGAAGGAAAGUACUGGUUGGGUGGACUGAUAUCAUUAUCACUACUCGUUCUUAUCAUAUUUGCUUGCAAGUUCAGCAUAUCAUUUAGUUAUUUGUAUCCAAUCGAAGAAACAUCAUUGAAUGAACGACAAGGUGUAUCAUGCGAUGAUUCACUGUUCAAUGCUAAACUCACCAGUUCAUUACAGUUACUAUCGACACUCAAACAUGAAGAUGAGAAGCCAAUAUUUGACUUGCUCAGCAAGCAAAACAUCACUAUGACUGUUCAAUUCAUUAGCACAGAUUAUACAUGCAAAAAUGUAUCACUGCUACAAAUUCGAGAUCGCGGACUUCACAUUCCAUCCACAAAUUUCAGCUGUUCGGAGACUAAAAAAAUAUUGACCAUUUCCAAACUAUUACCACAGCAUAUUAUCAAUUUGAAAUUGACCUUAAAUGGGCCAUAUUUUAUCGGUGGACUUCGUCUCUGUUUUUCAGCACCUUCGGCUACAAAUAUCAGUGCUCAUUCAAAGGUUCAACAAAUGGACACUUGCCAAUUCUUCUUCACUCCAAAUCAAACUCUAACAAGAAAUCCUACAGUAAACAUCAAAAUGACCAAAGUAAUCAAUCAAACUGCCAGCUUGAUGAUUUCUAAUAAUACAACAUACACAGGCCUUUGGUUACCUUCUUUCAUUGUCGAUACUCUCACGGAUGAACUACUCUUCUCGCUAGAUGCUGAAUAUCUUCGUUAUGUACCUGACAAAACUAUUCUGGUUGUAGUAAUAACUGAAUCUGAGUUCUAUAUGAAAAAUACACAAGAACCUAUUGCUCGUCACUAUGAGAUCAUUUUUAGCACAAUUCUAUUUGCAAGUAAGAUUUUAGUUGUAAUGGAUCGUAGAGUAGAAAUACAUAUGUGUACAUAUUCAUUUUAG